CGUCCGGCCUCGUAGCUCGCGUCGUCUCUGCAAAUAAAAUAACACCCGACAGAGCGAAAAAAGAAAUGGGUCGUACGUUAAGAGGACAGCAGACACCCUCCACGUUCCCACAGCAUCCCCCCGCUCGUUUCGUUCCGCUUCGUCGCCUGGAGAUUCUUUCGGCGCCCGUUUUCAUGCCGCGAUGGAGGAAGAGAAGGCUAGCCCAUCAGACUCGAGCAGCUUUAAAGCAAUGAAAGCUCCAAAUAUUGUUGAUUUAAGGAAGAAAAGGAAGCAUCUAUCUGAGCAUUUUGACUUGCCUCGACCAAAGCACAAGUGCUUGGAUGGAGGCUUUGAUCCACUUCUGCUCUCCGAGUAUGAUGGAAACCCAGAUAUUGAGGACUUGCCUGCAUCCAAAAUCAAGAGGCUGACUGAGGGAAGUUGCAGUCGUGAUGAAUCACAACCUGAAUCAGCAAAAGACAGCAACAGCUUUGCUGAAGAAUCUGACACUGGUAUGUCUUCUUAUGGUGGGUGUGAUUUAGGCCCAGAUAGUGCUGUGAUAACCAGUGGAGCUUCCACUUCUUCUGUGAAAUGGGCCUGGAACAGUUCACAAGACAUGCCUCAUUUCUCUAGUGCUGAAAAAGCUUUAGUGAGAGUUGAUAACGACGAUGGAGGUGGGAAGCAUGAUCUUCCCGAUCAAGACAGUGAAUUGCAAAUGUUACUUGAAGAGCAGCUUUUAGAAUUUGGAUGUCAUGUGGGAUACACAUGUGAGUAUGCAAAUGACUGCUUGGAGACUUGUGCAACUAAAGAAGUAGAAGACAGUAUUUACUCCAAUGCUUCAAAUCCAAGUAAUCCUGUUCUACUUCAAGAUUAAUCUUAUACUCUCCAUGGGACUAGAAAACCGACGAUUGAUGAAGAAUUUGAAGAUUACUUCUCCACGCUCAUGAUGUAGGGAAGCUUAAUUGAACUUGUAAAUAUACAUAACUGAAUUAUUGACUUGGUUGAUUGAAGAGACGAUGCUCCUUUUACACGAUUGCACUAAAUUUUCUUCACUUUGGAAAUUAGGGAUGCGGAUUAGCUUGUGCCCUCUUGCUAUUUAUGUUCUGAGAUUAUGUGCAGGUCCUGCACUCUUCAGUUUC